AUAUGUUUUGAAGGAAUUUUUCUAUUGCUCGAGAAAUUAUUUAUAUAAUAUUUAAUAAAUGAGAAGAAGGGUUAAGGUACCAUGAUGUGCAAGUUAGUUCUCUUUUUUACCGCAUAUGUCGCGCCGAAUGUUAGCGCCAUAUAUGUUGCGCACAGUCAAUGGAGAAGUGAUGGAUAAAUAUAAUUUAUUGUACUUACAUGUCUAAUACGUGUUUUCUAAUCUAAAUAUUUUAUUUAAGUGGUCAAUAUGGUAUCUGAUGAAUCAUCUCCUUGUAGAAAGUCACAUAAAAGUUUAGAAAAUAAAAAAAGGAAACACAAUAAAAAAGAAAAAAAAAAGAGUAAGAAGAAGAAGAAGAAACGUAGUACCUCUACUUCAAGUGAUAGUAGUACUGACAGUGAUAAUGUAGUUUGGGUUGAGAAAACUAUUGAAACUAUACAAUCUACACAAAAUACUACUUCUGAUAAUACUGAGAAAGAACCUGUUAAAAGAGAUGAAUGGAUGACCCUUGGCAAUUUAUUUCCAUGUAUAUCUAGAUCUGAUAUACAAAGUAAUAAGCAUGAAUUACAGAAAAAAGAUAAUAAUAAUUCUUCGAUUCUUGAUAAGCCAGGACAAAGUAGUAAAGAAUUAAAUCCAUAUUGGAAAGAUGGUGGUACUGGUUUACCUGAAAAUGAACCUAAAAAAUCAUUCAAUAAAAAAGUAAUGGAUCCUGUUUGGUUAAAAAGAUCAUUACAACGUGCAAAAGAACAAGCUUUAGAAGAAGGAAAGUCUUUAGAAGAAAUAGCUGCUGAAAGAUGGGGUUCUCUAGAAACUAUAAAUGCGAUGAUAGCAGAAGCUGAACAAUCGUGCUCUAAAUAUAAUCAAAAGAAUUUGCAACAAAGUCAUAUGCCUUAUGAAAGAAAUUAUCAUAAUAAAUACUCUAAUAGGUACAGAGAAUCAGAACAAGAUCAUUCUUGGUAUAAAUCAAGAAAUCGGGAUCGUGAACAAAAAUAUGAAUCUCAUAGAUCUGAUAAACCAUCGCGUAAACCAAAUUAUAAAAGACCUACAGAUGAUCAUGUAGAUCAUCAUUAUACGUCAACUUUAAAUAAAUCAAAUUCGCAUCGUGUAAGAAAUUGGCAAAAAGAUAGUGGUAAAAAUAAAAAUCAAUUAGAAUCAAAUGUAGAAACAGUUAGUGAAGAAAUUUCUGAAAAGGACAACGAAGUGUUUGAUGCAAGUACUCAAUCAAAUGGCAUUUUAACCAAAGAAGAAAUGAAUAAAUUGGGAGCAAAAAUUGUAAAAGCUGAAUUAAUGGGUGAUAAUGAAUUAGCAGAUCGUUUAAAGGAACAAUUAGAAAAAGCAAGAGAACAUUCUAAGCAAGUAGACAAAUCUAAAACAGAAAAUGUCAUUCUUUCAAGAACUGAUUCAAAAGGUGUUACAAGACCUAUACAACCAAGAUGUCAACCAGAAUCUUCAACUAAAUCUAAAAAGAAUAAGAAUGUAGAGACACAUGUUUCUGGUGAACGAAUUCGUUACUACGGUGAUGACGAUAAAUAUUCUUUGCAGCAACUUUUCCAGCGUGAAAAGGGACGUUCCGCGGAUGAUGAUAAUGCCACAUUUGUUAAAAUUGCGUCGAAGAAUAUGGAUAUGAAUGAUAUAUUUGAAGAACAAAUUGCACGAGUAGAUACAGACAGUAGACAAGAUGAUCGAGAUAAAGCAAAAGCGAUUAAAGAACAUAAAAGGAUAUCAAAAAGUUUGGAAGGGUGUUCGUGGUGUAUAGAAUCCAAAAAUAUGAUAAAGCACAUGAUCAUUACUAUGGAUUCACACAUUUGUCUUAGCCUUCCAACCAGAGUAUCAUUGGUAACUGGACAUUGUGUAUUAACACCUUUACAACAUAUAUCUUGCCAAUUACAAUUAGAUGAAGAUAUUUGGGAAAAAAUGAAGAUUUUCAAACAAACUUUAAUCAAUAUGUUUAUGGAUUCUAAACGAACUCCAAUAUUUUUUGAAAUAUAUAAGAAUCGUCAUAAAUUCCCACACAUGAAAUUGGAAUGUGUUCCAUUACCUGAUGAAAGUGCAGAUUUAGCACCUAUAUAUUUCAAAAAAGCUCUAUUAGAAUGCGAAACUGAAUGGGCUAUCAACAAAAAAAUUGUUGAUUUACGAAAUAAGGAUUUACGUAGAGCGAUACCGAAUGGAUUACCAUAUUUUAUGGUGCAAUUUGGAAAUAAUGAUGGAUAUGCGCAUGUAAUCGAAGAUGAACGCAUGUUCCCUACCAAUUUUGCAGAGGAAAUAAUUGGUGGAAUAUUAGAUUUAGAUCAUAAUUUAUGGAGAAAACCAAAAAGGGAAACCUUUGAACAACAAAGAGAAAAAGUUUUAGAUUUUAAGAAAAUAUGGGACAAAUAUAAACAUUAAUAAAUUGUACAUAAAUUUUAUAAGAAUGUAAUUAUGUUAAAAAAUAAGUGAAAAGUAUCUUUUGUUAA